AUGACGAAUCAUCAGCCAAUAAAGGAGCCCAUGGAGUGUGAGGAUGGGGGCACGCCGGCACCAAAAGGAGGAUUCCUGCAGCAGAACUGUGGAUGGAUAUUCCGCAACCUCCUGCUGGCUCUCACCAUUUUUGGUGUGAUCGCAGGGUCGGUGGUGGGCACGAUGCUACGGUACGCGCCCAAGCUUGAUCCCAACACGCUGAUGCUGCUCUCCUUCCCUGGGGACAUCCUGAUGAGGAUGCUGAAGAUGCUCAUCCUCCCCCUCAUCAUCUCCAGCCUCAUCACAGGUUUGGCCGGCCUGGACGCUCGCUCCAGCGGCAGGAUGGGCACGAGGGCCAUGGUCUACUACAUGUCCACCACCGUCAUCGCCGCUGUCCUCGGGGUCAUCCUGGUCCUGGGCAUCCACCCUGGCAACCCCAAGCUCAGGAACGAACCCACGGGCCCAUCUGCCCCGAAGAACCAGGAGGUCAACAGCCUGGAUGCCUUCCUCGACCUCAUCCGCAACCUGUUCCCAGAGAACCUGGUGCAGGCUUGCUUCCAGCAGGUUCAGACCGUUGCUAAGAAGGUUCCAGUGACGGUUGCAAACCAAACAGAGCCUAUCUACGUCAGCAAGAAGAAGCUAGAGCUAAAAUGGGGCAUGAAUGUCCUAGGCUUGAUAGGGUUCUUCAUCACCUUUGGGGUCUGUAUGGGGAAGAUGGGAGAGAGAGGCAAGGUCAUGUCCGAGUUCUUCAACGUGCUGAACGAGAUCAUCAUGAAGAUGGUGUCCAUGAUCAUGUGGUAUUCUCCUGUGGGCAUAGCCUCUCUCAUAUGUGGGAAGAUCGCAGCUAUUGGAGACUUGGAGACGGUUGCUAAGCAACUGGGCAUGUACAUGGUGACUGUCAUGGUAGGCCUUACCAUCCAUGGAGGGAUAAUCUUGCCCUGCAUUUUCUUUGGGGUGACCAGGAAGAACCCUUUCCAAUUCUACUCAGGAAUAUUCCAGGCAUGGAUCACAGCCUUAGGAACCGCCAGCAGUGCUGGGACACUGCCAGUCACAUUCCGUUGCCUGGAGGAAAACCUGAAGAUCGACAAGCGUGUGACCCGAUUCGUUCUGCCCAUCGGCGCCACUAUCAACAUGGAUGGCACUGCCCUCUAUGAGGCUGUGGCGGCCAUCUUUAUUGCCCAGAUGAAUGCCAUUGAUCUGGACGGAGGGCAGAUAGCCACAGUGAGCAUGACAGCUACGUUGGCCAGUGUUGGAGCGGCCAGCAUCCCCAGUGCCGGCCUUGUGACCAUGCUGCUGAUAUUGACUGCCGUCGGCCUGCCCACUCAAGACAUCAGCCUGCUCAUCGCAGUGGACUGGCUGCUGGAUCGAAUGCGGACAUCCAUCAAUGUUGUCGGCGACUCCUUCGGUGCUGGGAUCGUGGACCACCUCUCCAAAGCAGAGCUGGCCGAGAUCGACAGAGAAACCGAAGAGUUAGCGAACCCCCCCGUGGCAGAAGAGGAAGAGGAGGAGUUCAUCCCGCCCCCACCUCUGCUGACCGAGCUGGACUUCAUGGAGCCCAUAAAGCCCCCGGAGUUGCCACCGCGCUCCCCUCGGCCCGUCAAGCUUAACCACGCCCCGCAGUCGCUCUUCCAGUCCAGCGCCAUCACGCCGCACUCGCCCCUGUCCGUGCGCUCGCCGUCGCCACGGUCCGUUCGUUCGCCGUCGCCAAGGUCCAUCCGCUCGCCGUCCCCGCGCUCGGUGCAGUCCCACUCUCCCAGGCCCUUCCGUGCACAGGGGCCCUCUCCUCGUCUGCUGCGACGCCCUGAGCCUGGCUACCAGGCCUUGCCCACGCAUGACAAUCAGAUUCCUACCCUCCCACGUGCCCACAGAGAGAGGGAGCGAGACAGAGAGAGGGAACGACUGCGGGGGAGAGAGAGGGAGCCACAGAGCGAGACGGAGGAGGACGAAGAGAGAGAGAGAGGGAUGGAUGAAAUCAGUGAUGGGGAGGAGAGUGAUGACACGGCUUACGACCGAAGACACGCUAUUCCUCCGUGUGACCUCCCCUGA